UUCGUUUUUUACACAAUGCUGGAUUGAAUGCUGCCUACUCGGCAGAUCUGAAUGAAUACAGAAGGAAGACGACAGCAGAGAGAUGUGGUGGGUGCUGUGGGUGCUCACUGCCUUGCUGGCUCUCGUCUGCACCCUGGAUGUGGGGUACUUCCUCCGGGCAGCUGCUGUGAUCCUUCGGGCCUGGUUCCAGCCUCCAAUCCGGGACGUCACAGCAGAGCAGAUCCAAACAGGCCGGGUCGCCCCCCGCGACAUUGACAUGUGCCACAUGAACAACGCUCGUUACCUCCGGGAGUGUGACUUUGCCCGCUUCUCUCUCUACAUGCGCAACGGGGUGUUCAAGGCACUGCGAGCACUCAAAGCCUCAAUGGUGGUGGGGGCCACCACCAUCCGUUACCGCAGGGCCCUGUGCAUAGGUGAGGGGUUCGAGCUGCGGAGUCGCAUCGUCACUUGGGAUGACAAAGCUUUUUUCCUGGAGCAGAGAUUCGUGUCGACAAAAGAUGGUUUGGUGUGUGCCGUCAUGUACUGCAAGCAGAGUGUCGUACGCAGCAGCCCAGACAAGAUCAUGCAGCACCUGUGUAAGCGGAAGGUGGAGUGCCCUGAGUUUCCAGAGGACCUUCAGCACUGGGUCAACUUCAUCUCCGCCAGCAGCCAGGCCCUCAGAGCCGAGAGUGGACUAGACGAGAAGAACAAAUAAGACUUUAGAUUGACUUUUUGUAUGACAGCUCAGGAUUAAAAGGACAUGUGUCUUCUGUUCACAAUGACUCGACUUAAACACACUUGUGCCUACACGUCUGAAUUUAAGCUUGACUAAGACCCCGAUACCUGUCAAGACUGGAAAGAACAGCACACCAGAUUAUUUGGAGAGGCUGAAAACGGAUUACUCAUUCAGUAAUAAAGUAUUGUAGAAAGUUAAUCUUAUGUGUAUAAUGGUGGCAAUAAAACUGAUUUUGAAAUACUAUUGCAUUUUUAUGCCUUCACUAUGCAUAUG